ACAAUAUUAUAGUUGAAAUUUGAAGUUGAGGACAUGUUACAACUUACAACAUUAUUCUUAGUAACAUAAAAAUUCGAAAAGUCGUCACAUCGUUGACUGAAGUUGAGGACAUGUCCGUCAUUUGGGAGUUCACGUGGCGACCUCUUCUUCUUCUUCGUCCGUCCUUCUUCUCUUCUCUCCCAUUUAUCUGUAUCCCACAGAGAGCUUGUCACUCCCAAAAAGGAAAAACAAAAAAAGAAAAAGAAAAAAACAAACAAAAACUUUUUUAAAAAAUAAUAAUCCCAGCCACCGUGGGGGUGAUUUCGUAAAUUUCAAACAAAAACUCCAUUCCCGCGGCGUAUGCAGAGGGUGAUCCCGUAAUUGUAAGCUAAUCUCCGGUGAUGAAUAAGACCCACUCCCUCACGCCGGAGUGAUUUUUCCACGCGGUGUUUCUCUUCUUCUUCUCUCCCCACCCCCCAACCAAAAAACAAAAACAUGAAAGCAAAUCGCGGCGGCGGAGAGCACGGCCAUCACCACCACCAAGAGGCUCUGAAAUUUUCAAGUUUCUUCUUCAUGCCGGAGCGACCACGUGAUUACCUCGUGCUCUUCACACGCUUCUCCGUCGUCGCUUGCCUCAUCGUCUCCGUCUCUCUUGUCCUCCGCGCCACUUUUUUAUCCCCUUCCGCUCGAGACUAUUCAACUACCUACGGUCUCCGGUUCACCGCCGUUCCUCAGAAAUCAAUAGCUCUCCCUCCUACCGGAUCCGUCGAACCGCUCAACAUCUCUCACAUCUUCUUCUCCAUCGCCGGAGCAGCUGAGACCUGGAUCGAUCGGAGCCAGUACACAUCCUUAUGGUGGCGAAACUCGACACGUGGCUUCGUCUGGCUAGAUAAACCGGUGCAAAUCCCCGAAAAUCACUCCGACGCCAGAUUCUCAAUCCCGGUUCGAGUUUCCGAUCCAGGCUGGACUCGAUUCAGAUUCUCCAGCUCCAGAGCUGCGGUUCGGAUCGCUCGCAUAAUCUGGGAUAGUUACAGAGUGAAUCUACCAAAUGUACGGUGGUUCGUCAUGGGAGACGACGACACCGUCUUAUUCACGGAGAACCUCGUCAAGGUUCUAUCGAAAUACGAUCACGAGCAGAUGUGGUACAUCGGAGGAAACUCGGAGAGCGUCGAGCAAGACGUGAUGCACGCGUACGACAUGGCGUUUGGCGGCGGUGGUUUCGCUGUCAGCCGUCCGUUAGCGGCGCGUUUGGCUUCCGAGAUGGACGAUUGUCUCCAACGGUAUUUCUACUUUUACGGUUCUGAUCAGAGAAUCGCGGCUUGCGUUAGCGAGAUCGGCGUUCCCUUCACCGAAGAACGCGGCUUUCAUCAGCUUGACAUAAGAGGAGAUCCAUACGGGUAUCUAGCGGCGCAUCCAUUGGCACCGCUUGUAUCGCUGCAUCACCUCGUUUACUUAGACCCAAUGUUCCCUAACAAAAACCCUAUCGAGUCGUUACAGACCCUUAUGAAGCCUUAUACAUUAGACCCGAAUAGGAUACUCCAACAGAUUAAUUGCCAUGACCGAAAGCGUCAAUGGUCCAUAUCCAUCUCUUGGGGAUACUCCAUACAGAUCUACACUUACUACUUGACUGCCAAGGAGCUGACUACACCGUUGCAGACCUUCAAAACUUGGCGGUCUUCGAGUGAUGGACCUUUCGUUUUCAACACUCGGCCCUUGCAACCUGAUCCUUGUCAGCGUCCGGUCACUUAUUUCAUGGAUGGAGCUGAGGAUGUAAGGGGCAGUGGGACGAAAACGUGGUAUAGCGUAGCGGAUAAGAACUAUGGUCACUGCGAAAAGAGGGAGCAUUCUGAGUUAACCAAAGUGAAGAUGAUACUGGUGACUUCAAUGAAGAUGGAUCCUGAGUAUUGGAACAAGGCACCGAGGAGACAGUGUUGUGAGGUGAUGGAAGGAGGAAGAGGAAAAAGAAAUGAGAAAGAAAUGUUAAUAAGGAUUAGAAAAUGCAGAUCAUCUGAGAAGAUAUAAACUAAUGCGUUUAAUUAGAGAAAGAGAGAUACAUAUAUUUUUGCACAUACCGAUUUUAGAUUCGAUCAUAGUUUUGUUGGUUGUUUCUAAAUUCCUCGUUACAACCAGGUGACGAAUUUCUCAAUCAUCAGUAUCGGGACUCUUGCGUUUUACAACUUGUAAUCAUUACUCUGUAUUUUUAGUCGAAAUAAAAUAAAUAGUUUACUA